CUACGUCAUGCUUAAGACAGCUGGCAAAGUAUAUCAGUACAAGCUUUACUUUUAGCAGUUGAAUGAGUCGUCAAAAUAUCUGCUUGGUAUUUCAACAUUGACUUCUGUGAGAUUAAUUUCCAUCUGGAAAUAUGCUCAGUCAAAUCAUACCAUUUAGGCUGACUUUUGUGUUGAUACUGUAUACGAGGUUUCUAUUAGAGAGUCAUGCUGUUUCAACCAUCUGCCAAUCAUGCACUUGCGAUGGAUUUCCAAUGAGAGUAAAUUGUCAAAAUCGAGGACUGAUUUCAGUCCCCCAAACGAUUCCCCUAAAUGUCAUAUCUUUAGAUCUGAGUGAAAAUGAAAUCACGAGUAUUGAAGAAGAGUCUUUCCAAAAUGUUAGGUAUUUAAAAUACUUGUGGCUGCAUGAUAAUAACAUCAUGAAUAUCGAAGAAGGGUCCUUCCAAAACCUUUCCAAUCUAGAAAGAUUAUCACUUAUUAACAAUAAUAUAAAGGAUAUAAAAAAAGAAACUUUCCAAAAUCUUACCAAUUUAGAAUUCUUAUAUCUGGAAAAAAAUGGAAUCAAGAAAAUUGAAAAAGGAACAUUCCAAAAUCUUGCCAAUUUAAAUGCCUUACAUUUGGAUAAUAAUGAAAUCACGGUCAUUGGAGAAGGAUCUUUUCAUAACCUUCCCAGUUUGGAAAUCUUGUGGCUAUAUAAUAAUAGAAUCACGGAUAUAGAAGAAGGAUCCUUCAAAAGCAUUCCAAAGUUAGAAACCUUAUCACUUCUUAAAAAUAAAAUCACGAAUAUUAAAAAUGGAACCUUCCAAAAACUUGCCAAUUUAAGGACCUUAUAUCUGGAAUAUAACAAAAUUAAUAAAAUUGAAAACGCAACAUUCCAGAACCUUGCAAAUUUAAAGAACUUACAUUUGGAUAAUAAUGAAAUCACAGUCAUUGAAGAAGGAUCUUUUCAUAACCUUCCCAGUUUGGAAAUCUUAUGGUUGUAUGAUAAUAAAAUCAUGAGAAUUGAAGAAGGGUCCUUCCAAAAUGUUCCCAGUCUAAAAACCUUAUCUCUUCUUAGAAAUGACAUCAAGCACAUUGGAGAAAGAGCCUUUCAAAACUUCCCUAAUUUAAUGAUCUUAUACCUGGAACAAAACAAAAUCAAGACAAUUGAAAAUGGUGCCUUCCAAAAUCUUGUCAAUUUAAGGAAAUUACACCUGGAUAAUAAUGAACUCACGAUUAUUGAAGAAGGAACCUUCCAAAAUCUUCUCAAUUUAGACACCUUGUGGCUAUAUAAUAAUAGAAUCACGGAUAUAGAAGAAGGAUCCUUCAAAAGCAUUCCAAAGUUAGAAACCUUAUCACUUCUUAAUAAUAGAAUUACGAAUAUUAAAGAUGGAACCUUCCGAAAACUUGCCAAUUUAAGGACCUUAUAUCUGGAACAUAAUAAAAUUAAUAAAAUUGAAAAAGCAACAUUCCAGAACCUUGCAAAUUUAAGGAACUUACAUCUGGAUAACAAUGAAAUCAUGAGUAUUGAAAUAGGAACAUUCCAAAAUCUUAGCAGUUUAGAAGCCUUAUAUCUGUAUAAAAAUAAAAUAAAAAGUAUUGAAGAAGGAGCCUUUCAAAAUCUUGGUAAAUUAACGAUGUUAUCUCUCCUUCAUAAUGACAUCACAUAUAUUGGGGCAGGAACUUUCAGCACCCUUAGCAAUUUAAGGACAUUAAAUAUGAGCAAUAACCAAAUACAAGGGUAUGAAGAUGGUGCUUUCUUAUUCCUCUCCAGCCUAACUAACAUUGACCUGAGACACAAUGACAACAUGGCUUGUGGAUGCCAUCUGCCAGCUUUUGUUGAUUAUAUGAAGCAAGAAUAUAGCAGAUAUAUGAAUGUUUAUGGCUCUUGCCUAAAUGACCAAAACAGAUCAACAAAUAUAUUGCAUUAUUCACAAUGUGAAAACUACAAACUUUUUCAACAGAAUUUGCAAUGUCAAACGUGUUCAACAAACAAGUGCACUGAUUCUGAUGUGACAAUUUGUCCAGGUGCCGAGCCUGUAUGUCAGAAUACAAUUUCAAUAACUGGUGUGACAUGGAAGUUAGAAAGAUCCUGCAGCACAUACAGAAAAUGUGUUGAAGCUAUGGGAAAAAAUGCCCUUACUUGUAAGACAUGGAGUAGUGGAACUUCUUGUGUAAAUUGUUGCACUGGAAAGUUGUGUAACAAGAGAGGUUUCUAUGGGUGGCACAAUAUUUUGGAAUUCCAUCUGAUUUACUCAAUGACUUCUGGGAGCCAGAACCGACCGUUAAAUGAAAACAUAUCCAGAUCUCUGGAACAUGAGUUUUUAAGCAUGACAGGUGUAUUCAAAGUUGAAUAUUGUGGAAUGCAAUCAAAUAAAGAAAUAUUUACAAUAUAUUGUGCAGUACAAAACAAAAUCAAAGAUCAAGUUGAGCAGAAUAUUCGUGAUAUUCUGAAUACAUCGCAGACAUUGCAUAAUUUGGGGCUUGAUCAACAUAACACGGAAAUAAUUGGUGAAAGAAGCACAAUUUGUAAUGAAGACACAAUAUUUACUGACAAUAUAUCUUUCAACUGGCCAAUGACAAAAGUAGGAACUUCUGUGACAAUUCCAUGUCAUGCGAAUAUAGCAACAAGAUACUGUUCUUACAGCACAGCUUUACAUCUAGGAAUUCCAACAAGCCACUCGAACACAACACAAAAGUGUAAACCAUUUACUGGUGUCUGGCAAAAACCAAAAAUGUCUCUGUGUAACAAUACAGAAUGGAUCACUCAGAAACUCAAAGACAUCGACAGACAAGACAUUAAUGAAGGAAAUAUCGAAAAGUUCUCAAGACAGCUCAGGAAUAUUUCAGAGAAAUCAUUGUAUUUCAAAGAAGAAGAUUUUAAUUUGGCUGUGGACAUUCAUGAGAAAAUGGUGCCAUUGAUAUCGAGGGUGUCCACAAAUAUAACUCUGAACAAUAUACUGCUUAGUAUUAACAAUAUGGAAGACACACCAGAGAGGAUUUUGAAUGGGGCAGAACAAGCUGGUAGAAGUGUCACCAGAAUGCUGGACAUUAUAGAAACAAUCCCAGACCAGAUUUCACUGGAAGAACAGCAAGUCACAGUUUUAUAUUCUAAUCUUGGUAUUGGUGUUAUCAAAGUGGAAAACGACACUUUCAAUGGUUCUUCUUUUGGUGUUUUACCUGGAAAUCCUGAAACUAAAGCCAAGACAUUGAUAUACAACUCCUCACAGCCAGAAGAUACAAUGAAGAUCUUCAUUUCAUUGCCAAGGAGUUUAUUUCAACAUCUGAAAAGUGAAGAACAAUCAUCCAUUUCCCGAAUUUCUUUUUUCUUCAUUGAGGAUGAUAAACUAUACAAGGUGAUACAAACAUCUUCUACCAAAGAAUAUAACAAAAGUACCAGUCAUAUUAUUUCUGCAAAUAUUCCUAACAUUCAGAUAACUAACCUCAAUGAACCAGUAACCGUAUCAUUCAAUUCAGUAUAUCAGAACCAACAGUGUGCUUAUUGGGAUGAAUCCUCUGAUCAGAAACCCCGUUGGUCAACAAAUGGCUGUAAAACAUCCACCUAUGUGCCUGGAGAGAAAGUAGUUUGUUCCUGUAACCACCUUACAAGUUUUACUCUACUGGCUGUGGCUGCUCUGUUACACUACUCCCUUACAGCAACUGUCAUGUGGAUGGGUAUCGAAGCUUUUCAUGAUUAUACAGAUUAUAAAAAUUUGGAACUGAACGAAAAAUAUUUUAUGAUCGUGAGUUCAAUUUUGGCCUGGGGUCUUCCAGCUGUCAUUACUCUGGCAGUUAACUACACAAACAAUUACAUCAGUGUUGCACAAGUCUGUUGGUUAUCCAAGACAUCAUUUUACAUUACUUUCCUGACUCCUGUGCUGAUCGUGUGCAUCUUCCAAAUUAUCUUCAGUUUUCAUACACAGAAACAUAAACACGGAAAGGAAGAUUAUAGAACAAAUUUCUGUAGCUUCAUUUGUCUGUUUUACCUAUUGUUCCUGUUCAGAUUGUUAUGGUUAUUAGCAUUCUUAGCUUUUUAUGAUUCAGUCGAAUUGUUUGACAAGCUUUUCGGUAUAUUCAACAUUUUACAAAGUCUCCUUAUCUUCAUAUUUUACUGUAUAGACUACAAAUAUAUCAGAAAUCUCAUAUGCAAUCGAGAGGAAGAUCAUCAACGCCAUCCCUCAUUAAGACUUCAGAAUGUUGAUCAACUUUAUCAUUAUGUUAGAAAUGACCCACACAUGCGGGAUGGAAAUGAAGCGCCAGUCGACCCACACAUGCGGGAUGGAAAUGAAGCGCCAGUCGACCCACACAUGCGGGAUGGAAAUGAAGCGCCAGUCGACCCACACAUGCGGGAUGGAAAUGAAGCGCCAGUCGACCCACACAUGCGGGAUGGAAAUGAAGCGCCAGUCGACCCACACAUGCGGGAUGGAAAUGAAGCGCCAGUCGACCCACACAUGCGGGAUGGAAAUGAAGCGCCAGUCGACCCACACAUGCGGGAUGGAAAUGAAGCGCCAGUCGACCCACACAUGCGGGAUGGAAAUGAAGCGCCAGUCGACCCACACAUGCGGGAUGGAAAUGAAGCGCCAGUCGACCCACACAUGCGGGAUGGAAAUGAAGCGCCAGUCGGCUUAAAUCCAAAUGAACAGUUAAGUACACCAGUUCAAUGUACAUCAAUCACACAUGGCUUAAAUCCAAAUGAACUGUUAAGUACACCAGUUCAAUGUACAUCAAUCACACAUGGUAUCUAUCUGGGCAUUGCUCCUGACACCCUAACAAAUAUUGACCAGGAUAAUGAUAAUACCAGAGUAAAACAGAGCUUUCAGAUGCUAGAAUCAGGGCAUAGAAGCUGCGAGUGUUAACCUGCACUUAAAUAACCACCAUUAGGCAAAAAGUAAAUUUCUGAGUAAAUGCAGAUGUUGUUUAGCCCAAGGCCAAUCUUGGCCAGACAGAAACCUAUGAUCUAAUGCAUCUCAGCCAGAAUCGAUUUUCAGUGAUCAUUGCUCAUUUUUCUACCAAAAAAAAAAACUCUAUGAAUGUAUAUUUCAAAAUAAAUCCAUAGAUUUAAAAUUUAAUAACC